AUGGCGACAAAUAAGGGAAUAACGUUUCAAGUCAUAGUGGGCAUCGCCGCACUGCUUUCGGCGUUCAUAAUAAUUAUGAUAUGCAUUAUAGUCAUCGAGAGGAGGCGUCUUCGGAAUGCGAGGGCACGGCAGAACGUGCAGCUCGACCCAGCGGCACUUAAUCUCACUGGUGAGCAGUUGCGCCACCGUUUGAUACGCCACGCCGUUGACCUCCUUUUAGCUGAUAACUAUGUAUGUGAGGGGAUUACCUUAACUUCCACAGUGGGUGUGACGGAAGUUCUCGCGGACAGGGAAUUACGCUCCACCCGCGGUAGGCCGUAUUUCAUUACGACGGCAAAUGGUCGGCGUGCCACCAUUUCACAAGUAGUGCAGCAGACGCGCGCAAGUGGUCAAGCACCCGAUUCCCCGCCAGGUCCUGCGUUGAUGGAACUCCUCGAGAAAUUGCAGCACGCCCGAAGGGCGGAGCCGGUACCCAAUGAAGCGCUUUGCAAACAAGUGGAGGAACUGAUGGAGCGUCUCAUAAAACUCGAGGAGGCUAAUCAAAGGAAAGAUAUGAAAACUGAUGCAGAUGAAGUGUAUGGGAAAGCAGCACAGUAUGCAACGAACCCAGCUAAUAAAUGCGUUCGCCACGUCAUGAACGCUGUUGGGGUAGGAAGAAGUCUGGUCGCUUCCCGAUAA